GGUGGGAAAGGGCAGUGUGGAUUGCGAAUGAGAUUGCGUCAUCUGUGGAUCUGUUGGGACAGUAUGCGAAUUGGAGUGGGUCUAGGAUUUCCGGCAUGGUGGUGUUGAUGUGAGCCAUGACCAGCCUUUCAAAGCACUUCAUGGCAACCGACGUGAGUGCUACAGGGCGGUAAUCGAUUAGGCAGGUUACCUUCGCUUUCUUGGGCACAGGGACUAUGGUGGCCUAUUUGAAAUAUGUAGGUAUUACAGACUCGGUCAGGGAGAGGUUGAAAAUGUCAGUGAAGACACUUGCCAGUUGGUCCGUGCAUGCUCUGAGUACACGUCCUGGUAAUCCGUCUGGCCCCGCGGCUUUGUGAAUGUUGACCUGUUUAAAGGUCUUGCUCACAUCGGCUACGGAGAGCGUCAUCACCCAGUCGUCCGGAACAGCUGGUGCGCUCAUGCACGCUUCAGUGUUGCUUGCCUCGAAGCGAGCAUAAAAGGCAUUUAGCUAGUAUGGUAGGCUCGCGUCACUGGGCAGCUCGCAGCUGGUUUUCCCUUUGUAGUCCAUAAUAGUUUUCAAGCCCUACCACAUCCGACGAGCGUCAGAGCCGGUGUAGUAGGAUUCAAUCUUAGUCCGGUAUUUACGCUUUGCCUGUUUGAUGGUUCGUCUGAGGGUAGAGCGGGAUUUCUUAUAAGCGUCCAGAUUAUUGUCCUUGAAAGCGGCAGCUCCAGCCUUUAGCUCGGUGUGGAUGUUGCCUGUAAUCCAUGGCUUCUGGCUGGGAAAUGUACGUACGGUCACUGUGUUGACGACGUCGUCGAAGCACUUCUUGAUGAAGCCGGUGACUGAGGUGGUAUACUCCUCAAUGCCAUUGAAUGAAUCCCGGGAACAUAUUCCAGUCUAUGCUAGCAAAACAGUCCUGUAGCGUAGCAUCCGCGUCAUCUGACCACUUCCGUAUUGAGCGAGUCACUGGUACUUCCUGCUUUAGUUUUUGCUUGUAAGCAGGAAUCAUGAGGACAGAAUUAUGGUCAGAUUUGCCAAAUGGAGCGCCACUUCUGGAUGAGCAUUUUAUUGUAUGCUUAUGGCCUUAUACAGCUCGUUGAGUGCGGUCUUAGUGCCAGCAUCAGUUUGUGGUGGUAAAUAGACGGCUACGAAUAAUAUACACUAUCGGUCAAAAGUUUGGACUGGUACGAUAUAUAUAUAUAUAUAUAUAUAUAUACACACACACUGCUCAAAAAAAUAAAGGGAACACUUAAACAACACAAUGUAACUCCAAGUCAAUAACACUUCUGUGAAAUCAAACUGUCCACUUAGGAAGCAACACUGAUUGACAAUACAUUUCACAUGCUGUUGUGCAAAUGGAAUAGACAGGUGGAAAUUAUAGGCAAUUAGCAAGACACCCCCAAUAAAGAAGUGGUUCUGCAGGUGGUGACCACAGACCACUUCUCAGUUCCUAUGCUUCCUGGCUGAUGUUUUGGUCACUUUUGAAUGCUGGCGGUGCUUUCACUCUAGUGGUAGCAUGAGACGGAGUCUACAACCUACACAAGUGGCUCAGGUAGUGCAGCUCAUCCAGGAUGGCACAUCAAUGCGAGCUGUGGCAAGAAGGUUUGCUGUGUCUGUCAGCGUAGUGUCCAGAGCAUGGAGGCGCUACCAGGAGACAGGCCAGUACAUCAGGAGACGUGGAGGAGGCCGUAGGAGGGCAACAACCCAGCAGCAGGACCGCUACCUCCGCCUUUGUGCAAGGAGGAGCAGGAGGAGCACUGCCAGAGCCCUGCAAAAUGACCUCCAGCAGGCCACAAAUGUGCAUGUGUCUGCUGAAACGGUCAGAAACAGACUCCAUGAGGGUGGUAUGAGGGCCCGACGUCCAGAGGUGGGGGUUGUGCUUACAGCCCAACACCGUGCAGGACGUUUGGCAUUUGCCAGAGAACACCAAGAUUGGCAAAUUCGCCACUGGCGCCCUGUGCUCUUCACAGAUGAAAGCAGGUUCACACUGAGCACGUGACAGAGUCUGGAGACGCCGUGGAGAACGCUCUGCUGCCUGCAACAUCCUCCAGCAUGACCGGUUUGGCGGUGGGUCAGUCAUGGUGUGGGGUGGCAUGUCUUUGGGGGGCCGCACAGCCCUCCAUGUGCUCGCCAGAGGUAGCCUGACUGUCAUUAGUUACCGAGAUGAGAUCCUCAGACGCCUUGUGAGACCAUAUGCUGGUGCGGUUGGCCUUGGGUUCCUCCUAAUGCAAGACAAUGCUAGACCUCAUGUGGCUGGAGUGUGUCAGCAGUUCCUGCAAGAGGAAGGCAUUGAUGCUAUGGACUGGCCCGCCCGUUCCCCAGACCUGAAUCCAAUUGAGCACAUCUGGGACAUCAUGUCUCGCUCCAUCCACCAACGCCACGUUGCACCACAGACUGUCCAGGAGUUGCUGAUGCUUUAGUCCAGGUCUGGGAGGAGAUCCCUCAGGAGACCAUCCGCCACCUUAUCAGGAGCAUGCCCAGGCGUUGUAGGGAGGUCAUACAGGCACGUGGAGGCCACACACACUACUGAGCCUCAUUUUGACUUGUUUUAAGGACAUUACAUCAAAGUUGGAUCAGCCUGUAUUGUGGUUUUCCACUUUAAUUUUGAGGGUGACUCCAAAUCCAGACCUCCAUGGGUUGAUACAUUUGAUUUCCAUUGAUCAUUUUUGUGUGAUUUUGUUGUCAGCACAUUCAACUAUGUAAAGAAAAAAAGUAUUUAAUAAGAUUAUUUCAUUCAUUCAGAUCUAGGAUGUGUUGUUUAAGUGUUCCCUUUAUUUUUUUGAGCAGUAUAUAUAUAUAUAUAUAUAUAUAUAUAUAUAUAUAUAUAUAUAUAUAUAUAUAUAUAUAUAUAUAUAUAUAUAUAUAUAUAUAUACAUAUACAUAUAUACACACACACAUAUAUAUAUACAUACAGUGGGGAGAACAAGUAUUUGAUACACUGCCAAUUUUGCAGGUUUUCCUACUUACAAAGCAUGUAGAGGUCUGUAAGUUUUAUCAUAGGUACACUUGAACUGUGAGAGACGGAAUCUAAAACAAAAAUCCAGAAAAUCACAUUGUAUGAUUUUUAAGUAAUUAAUUUGCAUUUUAUUGCAUGACAUAAGUAUUUGAUACAUCAGAAAAGCAGAACUUAAUAUUUGGUACAGAAACCUUUGUUUGCAAUUACAGAGAUCAUACGUUUCCUGUAGAUCUUGACCAGGUUUGCACACACUGCAGCAGGGAUUUUGGCCCACUCCUCCAUACAGACCUUCUCCAGAUCCUUCAGGUUUCGGGGCUGUCGCUGGGCAAUACGGACUUUCAGCUCCCUCCAAAGAUUUUUUAUUGGGUUCAGGUCUGGAGACUGGCUAGGCCACUCCAGGACCUUGAGAUGCUUCUUACGGAGCCACUCCUUAGUUGCCCUGGCUGUGUGUUUCAGGUCGUUGUCAUGCUGGAAGACCCAGCCACGACCCAUCUUCAAUGCUCUUACUGAGGGAAGGAGGUUGUUCGCCAAGAUCUCGCGAUACAUGGCCCCAUCCAUCCUCCCCUCAAUACGGUGCAGUCGUCCUGUCCCCUUUGCAGAAAAGUAUCCCCAAAGAAUGAUGUUUCUACCUCCAUGCUUCACAGUUGGGAUGGUGUUCUUGGGGUUGUACUCAUCCUUCUUCCUCCAAACACGGCGAGUGGAGUUUAGACCAAAAAGCUCUAUUUCUGUCUCAUCAGACCACAUGACCUUCUCCCAUUCCUCCUCUGGAUCAUCCAGAUGGUCAUUGGCAAACUUCAGACGGGCCUGGACACGCGCUGGCUUGAGCAGGGGGACCUUGCGUGCGCUGCAGGAUUUUAAUCCAUGACGGCAUAGUGUGUUACUAAUGGUUUUCUUUGAGACUGUGGACCCAGCUCUCUUCAGGUCAUUGACCAGGUCCUGCCGUGUAGUUCUGGGCUGAUCCCUCACCUUCCUCAUGAUCAUUGAUGCCCCACGAGGUGAGAUCUUGCAUGGAGCCCCAGACCGAGGGUGAUUGACCGUCAUCUUGAACUUAUUCCAUUUUCUAAUAAUUGCGCCAACAGUUGUUGCCUUCUCACCAAGCUGCUUGCCUAUUGUCCUGUAGCCCAUCCCAGCCUUGUGCAGGUCUACAAUUGUAUCCCUGAUGUCCUUACACAGCUCUCUGGUCUUGGCCAUUGUGGAGAGGUUGGAGUCUGUUUGAUUGAGUGUGUGGACAGGUGUCUUUUAUACAGGUAACGAGUUCAAACAGGUGCAGUUAAUACAGGUAAUGAGUGGAGAACAGGAGGGCUUCUUAAAGAAAAACUAACAGGUCUGUGAGAGCCGGAAUUCUUACUGGUUGGUAGGUGAUCACAUACUUAUGUCAUGCAAUAAAAUGCAAAUUAAUUACUUAAAAAUCAUACAAUGUGAUUUUCUGGAUUUUUGUUUUAGAUUCCGUCUCUCACAGUUGAAGUGUACCUAUGAUAAAAAUUACAGUCCCUUACAUGCUUUGUAAGUAGGAAAACCUGCAAAAUCGGCAGUGUAUCAAAUACUUGUUCUCCCCACUGUAUAUAUAGAGAUAGAGAUAGAGAUAUAUAGAACUUUCUUCUGAAACUCGUCAGUCUAUUAUUGUUCUGAGAAAUGAAGGUUAUUCCAUGCGAGAAAUUGCCAAGAAACUGAAGGUCUCGUACAAAGCUGUGUACUACUCCCUUCACAGAACAGCGCAUGGAAUAGCCUUAAUUUCUCAGAACAAGAAUAGACUGACGAGUUUCAGAAGAAAGUUAUUUGUUUCUAGCCAUUUUGAGCCUGUAAUCGAACCCACAAUUGCUGAUGCUCCAGAUACUCAACUAGUCUCAAGAAGGCCAGUUGUAUUGCUUCUUUAAAUCAGCACAACAGUUUUCAGCUGUGCUAACAUAAUUGCAAAAGUGUUUUCCAAUGAUCAAUUAGCCUUUAAAAAUUAUAAACUUGGAUUAGCAAACACAACGUGCCAUUGGAACACCGGACUGAUGGUUGCUGAUAAUGGGCCUCUGUACGCCUAUGUAGAUAUUCCAUUAAAAAUCAGCCGUUUCCAGCUACAAUAGCCAUUUAAAACAUUAACAAUGUCUAUACUGUAUUUCUGAUCAAUUUUAUGUUAUUUUAAAUGGACAAAAAAAGUGCUUUUCUUUCGAAAACAAGGAUGUUUCUAAGUGACUCCACACUUUUGAACGGUAGUGUAGGUAUUGGUAGACCUGAGCUGAUGUAGCCAUACUAGAGAGGUAGGUAGGUAUUGGUAGACCUGAGUUGAUGUAGCCCAACUAAAGUGGUAGGUAUGUAUUGGUAGACCUAAGUUUAUGACCAGACAUGUAAGUAAGUACUGGUAGAUAUUGGUAGAUAUACAUUUGUAGCACAACUAAAGCGGUAGGUAGGUAUUGGUUGCCCUAAACUUAUAUAGGCUAGCCCAACUAAUGAACAAUACAAGAAGCCAAGCCCAAAACAUAAGUGAAGAUGGCAAAUUCCAUAUCAAUGGGAUUUGUAACAUUUCAGUCAUUCAACAGAAAACGUUUUUAAGGUUGAGAAGGUAAUCAAGGAGUAGCCUAUGUUACUUUGGCAAAAUAGAGAUGAUCCACGUGCUGAAGGAAAAACAGACAAGACAGCGUGGCCUAUUCUAAAUAUCCCUGACAUAACAAAUUGGCAAAUGUUAUCAGUUUGCAAACAACAAGUGGUUAACUAGGCCUAAUAGCAGAGUAAAAAAGAGAGAUCAGAGAGCUCUAAUGUAGGUGUGUGUGUGUGUUUUGUUAUGCUUGUGUACGAGUGUAAUCUGGCAACCAGAGAUAACCAGCAUAUAAUCAUUGUGUCUCUGCAAGCAAAGUCAGGAGACAGCCACCCAGAGAGAGACAGGACGGGAGUUAUCUUGGGUGGGCCUGAAUGCCAGACCCCUGAUUAGAGAAGAACAGCAGUUCAUAGCAGGCAUAUGUGUGUGUCAUGUUUACUGUUUAUUUCUGAUUGCUUAUUUCACUUUUGUUUCGUAUCUAUUUCACUUUCUUUGGCAAUGUAAACAUGGUUCCCAUGCCAAUAAAGCCCUUUGAAUUGAAUUGAGUGAGUGAGAGAAAGUGAGAGAGAGAGACAGUCAUCAGAAAACUAAUAACGUUCAGCAUUGCUCACAGGAUUGGUGCUUUGCUUUUGUGUCAUAGGGUACAACCAGACCCACCAUUGUUUUGCUCUCUGAAUCUGUGGGGCUCAAUCCUCCUAAAACCUGAAUGUUAUUCCAAAGUGCCUGCCCAGUAACAUAAAACCCAAAGCAUGUCAGAGCUUGGGCACAGCUGUGUGUGUAAGUGAGUGUGUCCCUACACUGUUUCCACCAAAGACAGAAUGACAGAGUUGUCUAAUUGUCUAAUAAGGCGGCAGGUAGCUUAGUGGUUAAGAGCGUUGUGCCAGUAACCGAAAGGUCGCUGGUUCUAAUCCCCGAGCCGACUAGGUGAAAAAUCUGUCGAUGUGCCCUUGAGCAAGGCACUUAACCCUAAUUGCUCCUGUAAGUCGCUCUGGAUAAGAGCGUCUGCUAAAUGACCAAUUAUUUAUUAUUAUUAUAAUCCUAGGCUCAUAAUGGCUGAGCUGUGUGUGUUAUCAAGCUCUAUAACCUUGAUUAUGAUAUAACUAGCAUAACAACUAGCCUGUAUGACCUGCAAUGACAUUAACCCUAGUAUACCUGUUAUGAUCAAUUUGAUCCCAUACACCCCAUUACGAUUUACAUAGACCCAUCAUGCAUACCACACAUACUAUUAGGCUAUCCUAAUCAACAGCUAGAAAUCCUCCCAACUUCUACAGUAGAUGAGUCGGACAAGGUCUGAUAGAUACUGUACAGGUACACUCAAUAUGGCUAUGAUGCUCAUUCUAUUUCAAUGAAUCUGAAGGGGAGAAAAAACAGAUUGUGUGAAAAAUCUGUCAAUGUGCCCUUGAGCAAGGCACUUAACCCUAAUUGCUACUGUAUGUCAAUGCUCUGCUCAUUGUCUUACGUCAGAUCGUGUCACUCCUACGCAACGCUCGUCCCGCAACUGAUCGGUCUUGUAGAACAUGAAACUCAAUUAUUAUAUUUUUUAUUUUGCUCAUCCGCCUAACACUAGUUCCUAAUUCACUCUCGGUAGCUAUCACACACUGGCUACUACGGCGGCAAAACAUGCUCCAGCUAGCAGCCUAGUGCAAGCUUGUUUGAAUGGCCAUUCAUUCGGUAGCUAGUUUGCUAGCUUGUUGAUGAAGUUGUAAGGCAUCAAGGUUAUGGGACUGUUCUCAGACAUCAGCAUGUAACUGACUGACAGCUGGCACUGUGCCAUGCUACUUUGUAACAUUUGGCCAACGCGAUAACGUUGCAGAGAAAAGUCAGCUGUACUGUAGAACUCAGCGCACUAAUCACAGCAGAACAGAUAUCAUGUAAAAUAAUUUGUGCAUUAGCUAGAACUUCACUACACUAGCUAGUUAGCUAGAGGGAGUAUUUAGCAUGGAGUGUGUGAACUGGCAUUGUUAGCAUCCCUGCCUUUCGUUAAAUAUGGAUUGAUUGGAGACUGGUUCAGCCAGCAACGCGUUAGCUAGCAAAUGUUCAUGCACAUUUCAUAAACUGAUUCUGCCACCACAAAUCACCUUAGCUAGAUGUAGAAUUAGGUAGUGAAGACUUGCUCAUGAAAAUUAUGACAAUAUUAGCUACAGGUUUAUACAGUAGUUUUUGGUAAGAUUAACUCUUACUCUUUUGAGGGUGAAAGGGGAUUCAGUGGACGAUGUCAACGUGGUAAUAUUUUCUGAUGUUAACUUAGGACAGCAUAUUGUAGCCGGACUUCCUUUUAGCUAUCCCAUGAGUGUUUGUGCGCUUCAGACAGAUUAGUGCAGAAGGCCGUCGCACUGUCUGCUAAAAUGACAAAUGUACAUCAUUCCCAGAGACCAUUUACAUGACUCAAGAAUCUAACCACUGGAUCUUUCUGCCCGUCCUUUAAUUAGCUGUGUCCAUGCCUUAACACAAACACACACGUUUGGCCCUCCCCCCAAAAAAGUGCUUUGUUGUAUUUUGUUUUCCCCAAUCUCCAGUUAGUCAGUGGCCUUUAACUCACCCUACACAUGGCUAUGUAACAACAUGCCUUAUUGUCAAACUCUCUCAAUGAGGACUGCUGGUUAACUAAAGCUAAACAGCAGUUAUCCUAAUUAAUACAGAUGACCAAGAGAGCAGUGAUCUAGACGUCUAAAUGUCUAUCUACAUGAGUCCUUCUAUGGUGUGUGUGCAGUGUUGUCUGUUUGGAAAUAUUCUAAGGCAUUCUGUCAGGUGGUAUUCUGCUCAGAGCAGGCAUAGAUAAAUGCUGUUGAUCUUCUCUCUACGCGCGGGUGUCAGCUAUGGCUAUAAAAGGACAGAUUACUCCUGCUGCCCCACUCAACUGUCCGCUCUGUCCCCCCCCACUCUCACCAACACUACCUGAUCCCUCUCCCACUCGCUCUCCACUAGCAGAGCUCUCCUAAGCACAACCGCUAAUCCUUGCAAUAUUCCACACAUUCACAAGAACCACAUGGUCGGUCAAACUAAACACGGUGCACAAGGGCACCUCAACUUGUGGCUCACCCCUAACCUGACAAAGUUUAUCAUGUCCUGGGACAACAUUAACAACCACAACAAUAGUAUCCUUAAAACAGCCUAAAACCAAACUGUGGCAUAGCUUUGGCUCUGUCUUCUUGGGCCAGGUCCCCCUUAGAAAACAUUUUGUCUCUCUAUGUGGGAUUUCUUGGUUUAAAGGGAUAGUUCGAGAGCGAUUGCUAAUGAGCGCUAGCGUAAUGAUGAAGAGAUCAGCUAGCGUUAAUUGCCAAAAUCUUGAACUAUCCCUUUAAAGUAAGAUAACACAGCCUGGCCUAGUUUAGCUAUAAGAAACAUUUAUAAAAUGUAACGUGAAUUCACAAUGCAGAAUAUGGUCCUAUUGCGUAUGGUGGCCCUAUUGCGUAUGACCGCUAAGGGGCAAUGAAGUUCUAUCUACCACAGUCAUAUUUUUGAAUCUCAAACUGAACACUUGUCCCCUAAGCCCUUUAUCGAGUGGCCACUUGCUGUUGUAUUCGAUAGUGAUCAUUUGAGUCUGCAACUGUUUUGGCCAAAAUGAGCAUUGUGACAAUGCGCACUCAACGUCCCAACUGGCACUUAUCAAUAUUCCAAAAUUCAAAAUCCAUUCGCGAGCAUCGUCUUCCGCGACCUGUCUUGUGCAUGACUCACUCGCUAUGAAACGCGUGCACUGGGGCAGACAGACGCAUACUCUUAUAGGCAGUGGGAAAGUUGUAAAAACAAAACAUCUUAUAGUAUAUCGGUCGCCAGUGAUUCCAUCAGCUGAUUUAGCUUGUGGUAGCCUGCCUGCUGCUAGCUAGCUAGCUUCACUGACAAACACAGGGAUGGCAAUCUAGCUAGCUAGCUAAGGAUGUUGGGCACUGCACUCAUAAACAGUGUGUAGCUUGUCACUUAUUUACGAUAGUUUGACAGCUUGCUGAUGAAGUUGUAGACUUGUUCCCAGCAGUCAGUCCAUACUUCAGCAUGUUUCCAACGCACCAAUCGUUACUUUGUAAAGUUAAGUCAUCUAAAAAAAAGCACAGCACAGCAGCAGACUCGAUGCUGUACUGACUCAGGGCAGAGCAGGCUGUUAGCUGCGGUUGCUUGCCUUUCUCUGCCAUUUUUCCAAUUUAACGAUGAUGGCGUGCGGAGCGCUUUCAAAAUAAUUUGAAAGAUGCAUAUCUCCUACUAACGUUGCAGCAUUGUUGCGUUAUUUUCCCCAUUUAUGAUCGGGACCUGGAAGUGGUAGUUUUGAUAACUGCACUGUGAUUUUAAUUUUGUAGAAUAUUUAUACAUUUUUUCUUAACGUUAAUGUCCCAAUUUCAUUUAAAUGUUUAAAAAUGUUCACACCCCCAACUACAAGCACAGCUACUUCUGGCUACAUAAACUACAGUACCCAUAAUGCAUCUACAAAUCAGAGUUCGUGAGACAUGAUGGGACUACAGCAAUAAAACGUGACAUGGCCUCUGUUCCAAUAUCCACACUAGCGUACCACCCUAUCAUAAAGCUAUGUAUUGGAGCAUGCUAAGUGGUAUGCUUGACAUUGGAAUCCAACCAUGGCCUAUUGAACAAAAUAAAUAUACAUUUCCAGCCCCAGCCCCUAACCCAGUCUCCCUUGCCACAAUCCAAAAUGUAUCUAACCCCAAGAGUAACGGACUGCAAUAGGAUGGACAACAUGCAUGUCCUUGUUAGAAGCCACAAAACAUGUCACAGCCAGUAACGUUUGUCCUACACUGCUUUAGUAUAGGACCUGUCCUUUUGGAAAGCUUUUACAUUCUCAGCCUACUCGCUGAUGGACAUAGUUGAUCAAUGGACAGACAGAUGGACUCCAACAGACUGCUACCGUAUAGGCUACAGUAGGACCACAGGUCUGUCCUUGCUGGCUUAGCCUACACAAUCAUUCAUUAAGACAAACACUAGAGAGAGGUUGAAAACCCUCAAACACUGAGUCUUGUAUUGGGAGUGGACCACCUGCCUGUCCUUGCUCAGCGUGGAAGGCUCGGAGCCUCUUCUUGAAGCGUGACGGCAGAACGAAGUCACAUCCACGGGCCAGCAGAGCCAGCUCCUUCCUCAGGUCAGGGUCCUGACGCAACGAGAGCUCCUUCAUCCUCAUCCUCGCGCCAGACAGGAUGGGAUGAUUCCGCACACACACAGACCUACACCCUCUGAUCCAAUGGGAUUAUCUUCCUAUGGAUUGUCCCAGUAGUAGAAAUCGCAAGAGUAGUAGUGGGAGUAGUAGCAGUAGUAGUACUAGCAGUAGUUAGGCUAAUUACUAGAACAGAAAUACUCAGUUUGUGUCCACUGUCCUUGUGCUUGUCCUGGGAGCCUCUUGAAGUCAGAGUAGCAGUAGAAGUAGUGGUAGCGCUCCUCUGUCCCUGUGAUCCUGUGGUUGUCCUUUAACAGAGCGAGAACUUCUUAACGCUGGGCAGCAGCUGAUGCAGUGUCACUAGCCUCAAAACGUUGCCUAUCUGUCUGCUGUCCUGUCAGACACUACACCACACCAAACACCACAGUGACUGACUGCUAGGGUCAGGGAGCCCCAGCCUACCAGCAGCCACUAGGGAGAUAAGGACUGUGUGUGUGUGUGUGUGAGUGUGAGUGAGUGGUGUGGAUAUGCCCUUUCCAGUUUGCAUUCCUCAGCUCUCAUAGAAGGUUAUGUAAAGAGACAGACCUGCUGUUGUUGAGGGCCCGCUAACUUGGGAAUACAGCCGAAUGCCAAGAUUACCCCCUGCUCACCAACGGUUCCGAGAGACACUAGUAGGUCUGUGCCACAGGAAAAUACCCUAGAGCUGUCUCUUUAUGACCACAAUCCAGCUGGUAGUUGGAAGUAUCAAACAUUUCUUCAGGGCUAGAGCUUCGAAAUGCAAGAUUCACCGUCAGUUCUUCCUCCUAUUACUUUGGGAUUUCAGAGAGUCUGAUCAGCAUGAGAUACCAGGUGCUGUAGCAGCAGCCAGAUGCAUUAGUGGGCCUUCGUCAUAUUAAAAGGUAUAUUUAACCAACUUCAAACUUAAUGUAGGCAGGGCACACAUUUUUCUGUGGGAUGAAUAUGUGUAGACUUGAGCCGAUGAGGAGCCAUCAAAACUUGUGACAACUCACAAAAAGUGUGAAAAGAAAAGCCUCAGUUUUCCUCUGUGCAUCACGUCGUAUGGUUUUUCUUUGUUUUGCCUUCCCUUCACAGGCUUGGGCUGCCAUCCAUUCCACGUCUUAUUAUAGUUGAAGGGCCCUAGUCGGCGGUAUGGAAGGGGAAGUGUUGAAUUUCAAAGAAUGAUGGCCGAACCAGUCUGCACCUAUUAAAAGCACCAGCAAGCACUGUUUGGGCAACCCAAGAAACCAGAUCUGGAGAAACAAGUGUGUAUCUUUAGUGCUUGCGCAAACAUCCGCCUCCUGUCCUGGACUGACAGCAAUUACAUCAAUUCCCCAUAAACGUGCUGAUCCAACAGCACUAGGCGGCCUAGGUGUGGAGGACGGGUGCAUUCAAGAGGAGAGACGUUGUAUUUAUAACGGCAGUUGUUGUUCUCGCAAACAAAUCUAAUUAGGCUGAAAAUGACUUGAGCUGUGUGUGUGUGUGUGUGUGUUAGUGAAUACAGUGUGUGGUUAUGGUGUGUAAACAUGCAGGGUGUGAAGCGAAAAGCACACCCGGGCUAAAAUGAUAAGUAUUUUUAGAUGACAGGAUCACAGAGUCCACAUUCUUCCACUGGUUUCAGCACAAACCUAGUUCCUGUUGUCCCCCAAUAGCAGGAUACGGCACGCGUUUGAUAAGCCAUUUGCAAUCUGCCUUUUGUUGUCCCUCUACGCUCAUCAGCUCGACGCGAACACGAAAGGAAAAUACGAGAACUCAAACAAACUGAUCACAUGAAACUGUCAGUACAUGUAAUAUUUUUUCUGUCAGUGUUCGCAUUAGUGAGAGCCAUAAUCUGAAGUUUGUUUCAUAAAUAUAGGUAUUAUUCUGUGAUAACAAUCUGUUUGUUCACACUUUAGGACACUGCCUCUCUUUGGAAAAUGGAACACAGAGAGGGAGAGAGAGAAGUCUGUCUCUGUAGUACCAGUGAGCUCUGGUACUGAGUACUACUGACUGACCGGGAGAAUCAGAUGGGCCUUCACUGGAGAGGAUAGCCGUCAGUGCCAACAGUGCCACUCUCUCUCACACACACAUGCACUCACGCACACUUGCAUGCACACACAGAGGCCAAAACGACUUAACAAUGGCACCACUCACCAAUUCAGCCUUGGGCUAUUGUCUGCUCUACUGUUGACAAGCUAUAGCCUACCCUGGUUGCCAAAAUAAAAACUAUUGCAUAGAGAGACAAAAGUUGAUAUGGUACACUAUCACUGUCAAAGACAAAUAAACACAUUCUUACACAGUGAGUGCACCCAGCAACGUGUCUAACCUGAAGGAUCUAAAUAUGAACAGGAAAUAGCAUACCACGCUCUCAGUGAGAGCUUGUUGCGUAACGUGAGAGAUUAUGGUGAGAGAGUGAGCUAGAGAGGAGAGAGCGCGAGACGGAGCGACGGCAUGAGAGCGAGCGCGAGCGAGCACAAGAGAGAGAAAGAGCGAGAGCGAGCAAGCGACCCCUCUGACCCAACAGCAGGAGAAAGUCAAUAACAAACAAUAGCAGAAUAGCCUAUAAAUGGAAUCGAGCAAGCUCCAGGUCUAUCCUCUUCAAUCUUAUGGCUGAGACAGGGAUUUGAGAAUACAUGUGAACCCAGGCCAAACAUAGGGCCCAUUUCACCGACUACAUGGCGGGCUUAGGGAAGGGCCUGCUAGCGGAACAUGAUGUGAGCAGGAUCAGCUGGCUUGCAUAAAAGAGUGAUAAGGCAGUAGCUAGAAUGAUACUGUCAUCAUGGAGGUUUAGGGGAAAAUCCAUACGGCCGAUGUGGCGACUAACUGGAGCAAAGGGCUAGAUGGCCUAUAUCAACAACAACGACUGGAACUAGACUAACUGCUAUUGAGCUACUGAUACACAAGUUUUUUCCUGACCAAAUGACCUGAUCAAAAAAACUAUGGGUUUGACGUAGCCCUUCAUGUUCCUGCUCAGAUAACAUAACACAGUGGUGACAAAGCCCUGGUCUUAAGUAGGCUAAAACAAUAAGAAAAAAAAAACUUAUUUGGUUAGGUCCAGGUUAAAGUCAGUGAAAUAAAGUGUUUCAGAAUAGAAAAGGUUGGCUGGUUGUAUAUUAUUAUUAUUAUUUAUAUUAUAUUAUAUUAUUAUAUAGGCCUAGUAAUUGGGAACUGAACAAGCCCUUAGCUGCCGUAAUGACACUGUUGUUACUAGAUUGGAUAUUUUCUGGUGAAGAAGGCCUUGCUAAUAAAAAUCACUUGAGGUGCAGUUUAGCACUUGGGUCGCCCGAUAGGUCAGGCAACCGAUAUUGUGACCCUUUGGCCCCCCUUUGCAAGAAAUAACUUCAUGGUUAAAGCACAGCAGCAUGUUAUUACAAAAAAUACACCUAAAGACAUUUUCCAACAUACAACUAAAGCUAAUAUUUAGGAAUCCUGAAAAAUAAAACUGAAUGUCUUACUCUUAACUAACCGUUAUCCUAGCCAUGUCAGAAUUGUUUCCAAAAUGCUGGGUUGGGACCCAUUGAUGGGUAGUGGCCGAUUCCUUUUGGGUUGCGACUUGAGGAUGGGUGCUGGCUAGAAUUGUUCUAGCCUAUUUGUAGCCAACUUCACGAGAAAGAGGCAGGAGCGAGCUCCAAAAACUUUAGAAGGGUCACAGUAAAACAGGUUUGAGAACCACACAAGUGAUUGUAGAAACCGAACAGGGAUUGUCCGAACACUGAUCAUGUCAAAUCAUUGAGACCUCAGGUCAUGCCUAGUAGAUAUACUGCCUUCUCCUCAGCAGAAACAUAUUGCAGCAGAUCAAAAGACUGAUCGACCGCCACUUACUCAGACAAUUAACAGCAUCUGUGUAGAGUUAUUCUUCACUGAAUUACACAGAGGACAAAUCUGCUGCCUGCCGCCACCCCGGCCUGCACACCCAGGCUCAGUUCUGAGUAGUUAAUGCAAGCACAAGGGAAACCAAGGCUAUCUAUAUCAGUGUCUUGUGUCAAAGUUGGACCAGCUGUUCUGAGCAGCAUCAGUAUGACGUUAAUUGAAUUUUUAUCUAAUCCUUUGAAGAAUGCAUUUGUAUUCUGGAAUUCCUGUGGCUUGCUUAAAAUAGAGUGUUACUUGAUGCCCGAUAGCAAUCACUUUAAUACGAAGUGACAUAUUGUGGGUACAUGCCUCUGACGUCAGGCCACAAAAUACAGACUGUACAAAACAGUUGCUGCAUGGAGGGAAUGGGGCCGAGGACCAGUGAAGAGCUCGGGGAAAAGAGAAUGGACGUGGAAAUCACCUUUUCACAUCUGUCAAAUCUCUUGACGUUUCACAGCGAUAUUUCUUCCAUGCCAAAAAUGAAAACACAAAGCAGACCAAACCCUUUGGUCCUUUAAAAACCUGCUGUAAAAUAGUGUGCUAUAGCUUGGAAAAUACAUAAAUGUGACUCUGGAUGACAACAUAAUGAUGUGUUUCUCCACCAUUAGGGUUGUUUUCCUAAAGAAGUUAAUCCACUUCGUGUUUUGUUUCCUCGCCACGAUACUAAUGAGUAUCGCGAUACUUGUAUCAUCCGAGCCCUAGCAGACACAGAGAGGGAGAGCCUAUGACAAGAGAUUCAUUACCAACAGAUGUCUCUCUUGAGAAAAUACCAUUAUCUGACUGAAAUCCACAGAUACGGAGGAGGCUGAAUGGUUCUGUUGCAUUACUCUAUUUUCUGCCAAUUACUGUUGUGGCCAGAGACUAGGCCAUUUAAACUGUCCCUUGUUGAAUACUAAGAAAAUAUUGGUUUUGCUUUGACUGCACCCACUCUUUAGCUUUGAGAACCAUGCCAUGCAAGUGAUUAUCUGAGUGACUGAGACAUACAGAGCCUUGUGCAUUUGUUUUUGUGUCCCUGUCCAGAACCCAAGAAAGGACUUGGGACUGCUUCACAAUCCAUCUUAAGAUCAUGGAAUAUGGGACUUGCUGAUAGGAUAGCUCUUAGUAUCAUACACAAUCUAACUAGGCCUAACACUUUUUAAAUGGCAAUCUGGGAUUCGAAAAACAACAAAGCGGGCACCCCGCCACUUGAUUUGAUAAACAGCUGAAGGAUGGGGCUUGAGAAAUGUAACCACUCAAAUUCAUAGACACAGCUUAGCUAUGGAUGCAGGAACUGACCAUCAAUGAGUAUGUUUCCAUGCACAGUAAUAAUUCGAUAUUAAACUGAUUAUGGCAGUUGGCAGAUUAUGCAAUAGUCCUAUAAACACCUUACUCUGAUCAUUUUAAAAUCGGUGUAAGGUCAAAAUCGAAGUACGGUAAGCAUACCUGGUUCUCUGAGUAAUCUUUCGAAUUAUUAGGACAUGUAAACACCUUAAAUCGGCGUUACAGCGUUGUAUUUGAUAUGUGCAUGUGCUAGCACCAGACGAGCGAGCCGCUCUCUUUAGUGUGAGUGAAGUGAGUUUGGAACAACAAUGUGUGCGUCUAGAAGUAGUUUUCACAUACACAUUUUAUGUCCGAACUCAGAAUCAAAUAUGCUUCAGAAAAAUAACAUGGUCGCUGUGGUAGAACGUUUAUUUUGAUUCGCAAUUUCUGCAUUUAUCAGAGUGCCAUCAGGUAACCUGAUUUUAGAUGUGUCCAUGUAAACAGGAUUAUUAGGGAAAUUGUUCAUCUUGCAAAGCAUGUAAUCGUUUUAACCAAACUAUUAUAUUAAUCUGACUAUCCACAAUAAUCACAUUAUUUUGUGUAUGUAACUGUACUCUCAAACCCUGUACCUGGAGAGCAAACCUCUAGUAGGUUUGCAAUCCAACCCUAGUUGUAACUAACUGGAUUCAAUUUAUCAACCAGCUAAUUAUUUGAAUCGGGUGCGCUAGAUUAGGGUUGGGAGGGAAAGCCUACAGGACGGUAGCUCUCCAGGAACAUAGUUGGAGAGCCAUGAUCUACGAUAUCAAAAUGGUAGGCUACUUUUAACUGUUUUGAAGCUACAGUGUUAGAUUGGUGUCACACUUUUGUCCCAGACCCAGCUAACACACCAGACUCCAAUAAUCUACUAAUCAUGAUCUUCAGUUUAGAAUGAAUUUAGUUUAAUCAGCUGUGUUUGCUAGGGAUGGGGAAAAAGUGUCACACCACUCGGGCUCCAAAGGACUGGAGUUGCCCAUCCCUGCUUUUUAUCAUGAAUUUAAUGGGUGAAAAUGGAUGUACCAAUCCCAGAUUGCCCCUUUAAAUACUGACUAGUUAUUUGUGUCUCUCCUCAGGUCUGUGACAGCAUUCCCAUACCUGGGACUUGGUUUCACCAGAAAAUGUUGGUGUCUGUCUGCAUUUGCAUUCCUAGUUGGUGCUUCUAAAGGGCUUGGCACCUUCACCUAGGCACAGACGCAAUGUCAACAUUCGGGAUAGGGAGGGGGAGGAUGUGUGUUCUCAGCUGUCUGGGCGGCUCACUGUUAUCACAUUACAACCACAGCAGGGUUUCCGUUAGCCGGCAAUGAAAAUAUAAUAAAUAAAAUUGUUGCUGGACAAAAAAAAAUCCAAUUGCAAAAUAAUGCUUUUUAUUCAUUGAUGGAAAUACCAGUCAAUGUACUCCAACUUCAAAAGGCAAAUAUACUUCAUAUGCUAAUAACUUCCGUGAAGUAUACACCGACUGGGCAAAAUUGUGUUUAUUAUCCCCGUUUCCAGUGUGCCCGUCGGGAGGGGAUUCUCUCUCCAAAACAGAGUAGAGAUGGCCUCAAGAUCACACCUUCUUGAGGACAACGUAACGAGGCUGAUGCGCAUCGCAAGCUGCUCCAAGGAGUUGGACAGUUUUGACUUCCCAACAGUAGCGGCUCACUUUGAGCAGGCCAAGACAAAUUAUUGUGUUCGUAGACAGCCAUGUUUUGUAAUUUUAUAAUUACAAUGUCCAUGCCUAGGCUAAAUUAAAUUAGAGGGCUAGAUUAUAUUAGAAAACAGCUAUGUUUUGUUAUUUAUUUAUUAAACUCAUACAAAUAGGCUAAUUAUAUUAUAAAAAAUAUUAUUGUGUAUAUAAAUAUAAAUUGUGUUUUAUUACAGUGUAGGGCAACUUGUUUUUCUAGCCUAAAUGUUUUUUUUGUUUUUUUUAAUGAUAUUUACGUAUGAUUUAUAGCAGAGAUGAAGAUGUUUUGCUUUUCCAAAAAACCUGUCAUGUUGGUAUAAGAACAUUGUUCUACUUUAUUAUUGCAAGGCUAUUUUUAUUCUGUUAAAAUGAAUGAACAAUCUAAAUGCGAUUUCUGUCAUUCUGAGCACCGGGGAUGGAAGCCCUAAUGGGUUACGCACCCAAUGCAUAUGGAUGUCGGGUAAAUUUCUCAAAUGUCAGAUAAAUAAAAAUGUUGCCAGUCACGUUCAUUAUCCAGCACCAAAUGUUCCUAAUGGAAACCUUGAGCCACCGUCACAUCCAGGCAGGAAUGUUCUCGCCUGAGUGUGGAGGGCACCCGGUCUAGGGAAUGGCAUUCACUGUACUCCAUUCAUUUAAUGUCAUGUAUGGGCAAAACGCACAUAAAUUCUAAUCUACAGCAGCAAAGUUAACACACACUAACAUAACUACUUGGCUAGAUCUCCAAACAAGACUGAAACAAAUUUGAGUAUAGAUGGCUUUUGCUGAAACAGACUGGAAUUCAGGUUAUAGGGAGAGAGAAAGACAAAUCUUGCCUCAUCUGGCUUGGCUCUGUAUGAGACCACUCAGCAGCCUCUUGUGGCAAGACUGGGGAAAGGGAGUAUCAAAGCACUAGAACAGAGGGGCCUCUCGAGUGGCGCAGCGGUCCCCGAAAAAAUUAAUAUAUUGGUCAACCGAGAGUCAUCUGUUCUUUUGAUCGAAAUGUUUAAACGUGUACUUUUCCAUAUAUACAGUGCCUUCGGAAAGUAUUCAGACCCCUUUACAUUUUCCACAUUUUAUUAGGUUACAGCCUUAUUAUAAAAUUCAUUAAAUAGUUUUUUCCCCAUCAAUCUACACACAAUACCCCAUAAUGACAAAGCAAAAACGUGGAAGGUGACCUUCGCCCCAGUCUGAGGUCCUGAGCACUCUGGAGCAGGUUAUCAUCAAGGAUCUCUCUGUAAUUUGCUCCGUUCAUCUUUGCCUCGAUCCUGACUAGACUCCCAGUCCCUGCCACUGAAAAACAUCCACACAGCAUGAUGCUGCCACCACCAUGCUUCACCGUAGGGAUGGUGACAGGUCUCCUCCAGAAGUGACGCUUGGCAUUCAGGCCAAAGAGUUAAAUCUUGGUUUCAUCAGAUCAGAGAAUCUUGUUUCUCAUGGUCUGAGAGUCUUUAGGUGCCUUUUGGCAAACUCCAAGCAGGCUGUCAUGUGCCUUUUACUGAGGAGUGGCUUCCGUCUGGCCACUCUACCAUAAAGGCCUAAUUGGUGGACUGCUGCAGAGAUGGUAGUACUUCUGGAAUGUUCUCUCAUCUCCACAGAGGGACUCUAGAGCUCUGUCAGAGUGACCAUCGGGUUCUUGGUCACCUCCCUGAUCAAGGCCCUUCUCCCCCGAUUGCUCAGUUUGGCCGGGCGGCCAGCUCUAGGAAGAGGCUUGGUGGUUCCAAACUUCUUCCAUUUAAGAAUGAUGGAGACCACUGUGUUCUUGGGGACCUUCAAUGCUGCAGACAUUUUUUGGUACCCUUCUCUAGAUCUGUGCCUCGACACAAUCCUGUCUCGGAGCUCUAUGGACAAUUCCUUCGACCUCAUGGCUUGGUUUUUGCUCUGACAUGCACUGUCAACUGUGGGACCUUAUAUAGACAGGUGUGUGCCUUUCCAAAUCAUGUCCAAUCAAUUGAAUUUACCACAGGUGGACUCCAAUCAAGUUGUAGAAACAUCAAGGAUGAUCAAUGGAAACGGGAUGCACCUGAGCUCAAUUUCGAGUCUCAUAGCAAAGGGUCUGAAUACUUAAAUAAAUAUUUUAUACAUUUGCAAACAUUUCUAAAAACCUGUUUUCGCUUUGUCGUUAUGGGGGUAUUGUGUGUUGAUUGAGGAGAAACCGUUUUUAUUUAAUCAAUUUUAGAAUAAGGCUGUAACGUAAAAAAAUUUGGAAAAAGGCAAGGAGUCUGAAUACUUUCCGAAUACAAUCAUCCAAUGACGUCAGAUCAAAGAGAAAUGUCUAGGGGUAGAGGUUUAUGAAUUGGGACCGAGAUAAAUGAGUCUAUUGAGCCAGACGAUGAGCAGCAGCCUUACCUUUUUAGUGCUGACAGACCUCCGUAGCGUUCUCCCAUUGGGUCCCACUACUCUGGCGUUACUACUGCUCCCAGAGGGUAGUGUGUGUGUAGAAGGGGGACUGGAAGGCGCACAGAGGGGUGCAGAAGACCUCUCUGACAGACUUCUCUUUGACGCCACAUUGUUGUUCUCAUUGAAGGUCAUCAACCUUUUGUCCUUAGUGUCCCCGAGCCCCAGGUCAAUGGUCUGUCCACUCUUGAUCAGGCCGAGGUAGUCUUUGAGUAUCGUCUGGGUCGUUGGCUCACUCAACCAGUUGAGGAAGAGCUCGUCCACUUUCAUUUUUAGCACUGGUUGCAGGACUUGUGGCGUUGGCAUGUUGUUUACCUCCAUCUACUACUUUGACAGCACAGCACCUGUCAAUGGGAAAAUCAAAUAG